AAUUUGUUCCAAUUUCCAUUUCAGCCCCAAUUCUCACCUCCCCAAUCCCUCUCUCCUCCACUGCCGGUCACCACCAUGACAAAACCUCCACUGUCACCCUCCUCCUAGUUUCUACACCAAUCGGCCACCACGUUUCUGCUCCAAAUCGUCAACCACCAUCAACUCAAGCAAUCUCAAUAUCACCCGAGUCAUUACUAACUUUUUCCUUCUAAAAUCGGUACCAUUAGCAUCUUCGGUAACUUCGGGAUUCGGCUCGAAUUAACAUCAUUGGCGAAACAGGUGCAUUAGGGCCGUAUAUUAGCCUCCCUAAGAGAUUCUUGUGAAGCUCAGUCUCUUGGUGUUGAGGUAGCACUUAUCUGGCCUUUAAUGAACUCCGUUGAAAAGGGCGGCAUUUUUAUCUACAAGUUUCAAUGAAUCGUGAUCAUUACCAAGUAUCAUCAGCCCAUGUGCUGAAUGGUCGAACCUCCCAAUCUUCUCAGGGUGGGCACCCUAAUUUCCCUGGUCAUUUCCAGUUAGCACAACCCCACGCCACUCAUCAUCCACACUCCCAACUCCAAAUUUCUGUUACUGCCAUUGCCAACUCACUGGGUGGCUCGACCCCUGGAAUUGUUUCUUCUGCAUCAAGUGGGAAGAAGACUUCCAUGCUCUCUCACAGAGCUGGUCCAUCACGGCUUUCUGGUGCUGGUGCCACUGGUGGAAGUGGAGGUUCCCCAUUUGGGCAUGGUCAAGGUGGCGCUGCUUCCCCUUUGAAAACAAUGGAAUUAGCCCCUGCUGUCCGUAGGAAGAAACGUAAGCUACCUGAGAAUGAGAUCCCUGGCAAAGUAGCCACAUCCUUACCCGAAUCUGCCCUUUACAGCCACUUGUGUGAAGUCGAGUCUCAUAUUGAUGCUCUCCUUGUCAGGAAGAAGACUGAAAUUGCAGAAUCUCUUAAGAACAACCCUCCUUGCAUCCAGAAGAUGCUUAGACUUUAUGUGUUUAACACCUUUGAGAAUCAGGCUGAUGAAAAUAUGACUGAGAGGAAAACCGAUCCUCCCUCUUGGUCACUUAAAAUAUUCGGCAGGAUUUUGGAAGAUGGUAGUAAUCCUGCUAGAGUCAGUGCAUCAUGGGGAUGGUAUCCCAAGUUCUCCUCAUUCUUUAGGAAAAUCACUAUAUAUCUUGACCAGAAUCUGUAUCCUGAUAAUCAUGUCAUUUUGUGGGAGAAGUCUCGAUCAGAUACACUUCAUGAAGGCUUUGAAAUCAGGAGAAAAGGAGACAAGGAGUUCACUGCAAUCAUUAGACUAGAGAUGGAUUUUGUGCCGGAGAAAUUUAGACUUUCACCAGCAUUGCAAGAAGUUCUAGGACUUGAGGUUGAAACCCGACCGCGAAUUAUGACAGCACUCUGGCACUAUGUAAGAACUCGGAAGUUACAGUUACCUGAUGACACGUCCACGUUCGUGUGUGAUCCACCUCUGCGGAAAGUUUUUGGUGAAGACCGCUUGAAGUUUGCUGUAGCCUCCCAGAAGAUAUCUCAGCAUUUAACUUCACCAAAACCAAUACAUUUGGAACAUAAACUUAAGCUAUCCGGCAAUUCUCCAGCUGGAAAUAAUUGUUAUGAUGUGUUGGUUGACAUUCCUAUCCAACCGGAGAAGGAGCUGUUAGGUUUCAUUUCUGAUGUGGAGAAUGACGAGGAGAUAGAAGCUUUGGAUGAAGCUAUUUUUUCGGUUAUAAAAGAUAUCCACGAGCAUACUCGCAAGCGAGCUUUCUUUCUAGGAUUCAGUCAUUCUCCUGCUGAAUUCAUUAACGCCUUACUUGCUUCUCAAGCCAGAGAUUUGAAGGUUGCCAGUGGUGAUACGAGUCAAACUACCGAGAAUGAACAGCGCUCUGAGUUUUAUACUCAACCAUGGUAAAGUGCUUUUGUUUCAGCUACUCCUAGUACAAGUUCAUAAUUGAAAAGUUUGCUGUGUGUUUCAUAGUCAAAUGUGUUUUAUUCUCAUGUUAUAAUGAAGGUGGUAAUUGAUUGAAAUUCCAGUUCUACUUUAAUGACAAUUACGUUUAUAUUGUUGCGAUCAUCAUGGGGACGGUAUUCAUGUUUUAUAAACAGAGGUUUGCAUUGAUGCAGCUUGGUAGUUCGUUAUUAAAUAUAUCUAAUUUGAGCUUGCAAUGGGAUAUUUAUUGAUCAGAAGGAUAGUCUUUUAGGACUUCUGCAGGUACUUGUUUUAGUUGUCUCCCUUUGAGCUUUUGAUUCAAGGUGGUUUAUCAUGGUGUUACUCGUAAAUUUUUUACCAACAAAAGAACCCAUAUGAGGAGAUGUGAAAAAAAUUGAUUUGUGACAAUAUCAUUAGUCUUUAUUUCUUUGAAGCUUCAAUGUGGAUAUACUAAUUCUGAUAUUUUCCUAAGUCGCAGGAUUGAAGAUGCUGUGAUACGGUACCUGAAUCGGAAGCCAUCUCCAUUAGGUAGCGACCCCUCCUCUCGAUUCAAAUGAUAAGGAACUCCACUUAUAAGGCUGUAACUUUGUUGAUUGACAAAAUUGGUUCCUUCAUCUUGUAAUGAUGUAUUUGUAGGCUUUUAGGUUAAAUUCUUUUCAGGUUAGAAUAUGUUCUUUGGAGCACGCGCAUUACAUUGUAGUUUGGAAAAGCGUUUAUGCCUGUUUGUCUAUCUGAAACUUCAUAUCAAGGCUCAGACGGAAAAAUUGGUGGUUCUACCUAUAGUUUUACCUUGUUGUCAAUCUUACCCUGUAGAUUUUAAGUUAGUCAAUUUUGUCCUUUAUGUUUGAACUUUUCGCCAUUUCGUCCAAUU